UUAGAAAGAGGAUAUUGUUAUUGUUAUUUUGGGAUGACUUACAUGAUAUCGUCUCUGGUGUGUUGCCGAAGGCUGUGUCUAAAUACUAUAGGCGACACAAGUUGGCAAGUAAUAGGAAAGGCUGCAAGGGAGGCUCUCCAGAUUAUUUUGCCAAAUUUGAAAUUGGAGGAGGGGAGCGAUAAACAUGUAAUGUGUAAAGAAUGCUUUGUAAAAUUAUUCACCGCUUUUAACUUCAAAACGGCCUGUAUGGGUACUGAGGAUAUUAUGUUUCCUUAUGUUAAUGCCAGUAGUGUGUCAGUGGUUGACUUAAAAGAAGUUUAUCUAAAGGAGAAAGGAAAUACUAAGUUAAAUGGUAUAUCAAAAAAUCAAAGAAUCUGUCGGUUAUGUAUUCAGCUGGUAACAAACGGAUUUGUGUCACUAAAUGAAGUGGAUGAUGAUAUAAUUGAAACGUAUAUACCACAAGUAAACAUCGGUGCUACCAAAGACCCUGUUAUAUGCGGACCAUGUUUCGAUUCGCUCCGUACUCAUAGUGGUUUUUUAAAAAAUUGCCUUGCUGCACAGGAAAAAUAUGAAAGCACAAAUAUGCCGUCAUAUAUUAAAUCCGAGGAGCUUGAAGUAAAACUGGAAGAUGAUCAGGAUGUACAGGAGAAAUAUGAUUUUGUCGAUAUGCCGGAUUAUAUCAAAUCUGAGGAGAUUGAAAUAAAGAUGGAGGAAAAUGACCAGGACAAUGAUUCCUCCUCGUACAACUUGGAUAAUAGAAUAAUAGAAAACAAAACGAGUUGCACUUCCGAAGAUUUGAGAAAAAUGAAGAUUGGAUAUAUAUGUAAAUGUGAGACGGGGGAAGUACAAGCAGAGAAAUGUAAAGCUCCAUUGGAUGUAUCAUCUCAUAAGGGUGAACACAAGGUUUCUGAUAUAUGUACUCAAGGAACUAAAUGUAAAAGUCUAAACGGGUAUCAGUUAAUGCACGAAGACUCUUCAGUAUUCCAAACGUACGAGUGCAAUAUUUGUAAUUAUGAAACUAAACAUGAAGGAUUUCUAAGAAAGCAUCAGUUAUUGCACAAAGUCCCUACGAAAAUCCAAAUGUACAAGUGCGAUACUUGCGGUUAUAAAACUAAACAUAAACAUUACGUGAAACGGCAUCAACUCGUCCACAAAGACCCUUUGGAAAUAGAAAUGUACAAGUGCGAUGAAUGUACUUAUGAAGGUAAACAUAAGAGUGAUCUAAAAGCACAUCAGUUACUACACAAGGAUCCUAGGGAAAUCCAAAUGUACAAGUGUGAUGUAUGUGAUUAUGAAACCAAACGUAAGACCUAUCUAAGAAUACAUCAGUUAAUGCACAAAGACCCUUUGGAAAUCCGUAUGCACAAGUGUGAUAUGUGUAGUUAUGAAGCCAAACACAAGAAUAGCCUAAAACUACAUCAGUUAACGCACAAAAAUACUUCAGAAGUCCAAAUGUACAAAUGUGAUACCUGUAUCUAUGAAACUAAAUUUUAAGCUAACCUAAAAAAGCAUGUGUUAAUGCACAAAAACCCUUCAGAGGUCCAAAUGUACAUGUGCGAUAUGUGUAAUUACGGAGCUAAAUGUAAGAACCUUCUAAAACCACAUCAACUAUUACACAAAGACCCUUCGGAAAUCCCAUUAUACAAAUGUGACACAUGCAGUUUUGAAAGUAAACGUAAGGGUGACCUAAAACUCCAUCAGUUAAGGCACAAAGACCCCUCGGAAAUCCUUAUGUACAAGUGUGAUACGUGUUGUUAUGAAGCCAAACACAAGAAUAGUCUAAAAUUACAUCAGUUAAAGCAUAGAAAUACUUCAGAAACCCAAAUGUACAAAUGUGAUAUGUGUACUUAUGAAACUAAAUUUAAGGGUAACCUAAUAAAGCACGUGUUAAUGCACAAAGAUCCUUUGAAAAUCCAAGUGUACAAAUGUGACGCGUGCAGUUUUGAAACCAAACACAAGGGUGACCUAAAACUCCAUCAGUUAAGGCACACAGACCCUUCGGAAAUCCAUAUGUACAAGUGUUAUAUAUGUAGUUAUGAAUCCAAAUACAAGAAUAGUCUAAAACUACAUCAGUUAAAGCACAGAAAUACUUCAGAAGUCCAAAUGUACAAAUGUGAUACGUGUACUUAUGAAAGUAAAUAUAAAGGUAACCUAAAAAAGCACAUAUUAGUGCACAAAAACCCUUCAGAAGUUCAAAUGUACAUGUGCGAUAUGUGUAAUUAUAGAGCUAAACAAAAGAAACUUCUAAAAUUACAUCAGCUAUUACACAAAGAUUGUUCGGAAAUCCAAAUGUACCAAUGUGACACGUGCAAUUUUGAAACCAAACGCAAGGGUGACCUAAAACUCCAUAAGUUAAGGCACUCAGACCCUUCGGAAAUCCAUAUGUACAAGUGUUAUAUAUGUAGUUAUGAAUCCAAAUACAAGAAUAGCCUAAAACUACAUCAGUUAAAGCACAGAAAUACUUCAGAAGUCCAAAUGUACAAAUGUGAUAUGUGUACUUAUGAAAGUAAAUUUAAAGGUAACGUAAAAAAGCAUGUGUUAAUGCACAAAGACUCUGAAAAUCCAAGUGUACAAAUGUGACACGUGCAGUUUUGAAACCAAACAUAAGGGUAACCUAAAACUCCAUCAGGUAAGCCAUAAAGACCCUCCCGAAAUUCAAAUAUACCUGUGAGAUGCUUGUAAUUAUAUAACUAAGUAUAAGAAGAGUGUCAAAGGUCAUCAGUUAAUGCAUUCACGGACAGUACGUUCACAGCAAUAAACAAUUCCCGUCUGGAGGUAGUGACGAUCAAAACCAUCAUGUGUAUCUCUUAAACGAUGGGCUUGGACAGUCAGUUAAAACGUAGAUGCAAAUGAAGAGGACUAUUAUAACUACUCUUUAUUUCUUAAAGUGUGAAGCUUAUGGCAAAUAUUCAGCCACAUGAACAAUGUUAUGGAGUAUGUUGUUUUAGUCAGUGGCGCCUAGUGGUAAUAUAUGUUGGGUCGGCAGGCUACUAAACAUUAAUACAAUAUUUUAUAAAAAUUAGGUGGAUUGGUUAAAUGGAACUGUUAUGUGAAUACAGGGUGUAACUUUGAGUGGGGGUUAUAGUUAUACGGAGGCUGCCUUUGAACUUUAGAAACGGGCAGCAAUAGUUCAGUUCAUUUUUUAACCUUUUUCUAAUAAUUGUACUGCCUCCAAAAGCUAGGCAACCACUAACUCUCUUCACCGUUAACCCACACUAUCUCCCACCAUUAACGACGUGCACUGUUAGUUGUCAACACACAUUUUUUUACAUCAUACCUAUCCACAAAUAUACAAAUAGAUGAAUAUUAUAGGGAAGAUGUACUACAGUAUUGAACCAAUCUGACAAACAUUUUCUUAUUAGGUACUUAUAAGUCGGCAUAAUCUAUCCUCUUCUUUGCUCCUGGUGACUUUAAAAUGACACGUGGGUGAUUUAUACAAAAGUAAUCUGCUUUUACCAAAUUAUUUUUCAUUGUCACUUUCCACAAUGAAGAUCGAUUUAAAAACUGGUAACGUUGAUAGUGGUGGUGUACACAAGAAAUAAAGUGCAGUUAAAAAAAACCUAAUUAGAUCUCGACUAUUUAUUUGUGACAAAAAAAAA